AAAACAAGCGCGUCUGAGGGCACCGUAGACGCAGAGUACGAGCAAUUUCCAGCACUGCAGUUUUACUUUGUUGCUGGGGUUAGCACAUCAGUAUUUAUACUAGAAUUGGCUUCUGGAGCUAACCAUGGAGGCCAAGUUAAAGAAAGAGCUGGGAACAACUAUGCUGAAGUCAACUGGUCAUUCAGGAGGUGGAUGCAUCAGCCAAGGCCAGAGUUAUGAUACUGACAAUGGGAGAGUGUUUGUUAAAAUAAAUCAUAAAAGUGGGGCCCAAGUAAUGUUUGAUGGGGAGAUGGCCAGUUUGGAAGCAAUUUUAAAGACAGAAACUGUUAAAGUCCCCAAGCCUGUGAAGGUGAUUCAGCUUGACACAGGAGGAUGUGCAUUUGUGAUGGAACAUCUGGACAUAAGAGGUCUUAGCAAGUACUCACAGCACUUAGGGGAGCAGCUGGCAGAUCUGCAUCUUCACAACAAGAAACAGUUGGAACAAUUAAAUAAAGAGCAGCAGACAGUAGGAAAGGGUGUCGGGCACUUGGAGGCUCCUGUUGUUGAAAAAUUUGGAUUUGAUGUAACUACAUGCUGUGGAUAUAUACCACAGGUAAAUGACUGGCAGGAUGACUGGGUGACAUUUUUCUCCCAGCAAAGGCUGCAGCACCAGCUUAACAUGGUGGAGAAAUCUUAUGGAGACAGAGAGGUCAGAGAACUAUGGGCCAAGCUACAGGUACACCUUCCCAUUGACCCCAUCAGAAACAAAACAUACAGUGGUGUGAAAAAGUGUUUGCCCCCUUACUGA